UCGAUUGGACAUUCACUAUUUUGGCGUAAGAGGAAUCAGCCAAUCAGAAUGUGAAUAUGCCCAGAAAAGCCCCGCCCCUUCUCAACGUAGCCUUUGGUGGCGGGAAAAGUUCGGAAGUUUUCGCGCCGGGGCGGGGUCAGGUGGGGACCCUUCGCGCGGGCUUGGAGGUAGCAGUUCCUAGGCGGGGAGCAUGGCUGGGACCGUGGUACUGGACGACGUGGAGCUGCGAGAAGCGCAGAGAGAUUACCUGGACUUCUUGGAUGACGAGGAAGACCAGGGAAUUUAUCAGAGCAAAGUUCGGGAGCUGAUCAGUGACAACCAAUACCGGUUGAUUGUCAAUGUGAAUGACCUGCGCAGGAAAAAUGAGAAGAGGGCUAACCGCCUCCUGAGCAAUGCCUUUGAGGAGCUGGUUGCCUUCCAGCGGGCUUUAAAGGAUUUUGUGGCCUCCAUUGAUGCUACCUAUGCCAAGCAGUAUGAAGAGUUCUACAUAGGAUUGGAGGGCAGCUUUGGCUCUAAGCAUGUGUCUCCCCGGACUCUCACUUCCUGCUUCCUCAGCUGUGUAGUCUGUGUGGAGGGCAUUGUCACUAAGUGCUCUCUAGUUCGUCCCAAAGUCGUCCGCAGUGUCCACUACUGCCCUGCUACCAAGAAGACUAUAGAGCGACGCUAUUCUGAUCUCACCAGCCUGGUGGCUUUUCCGUCCAGCUCUGUAUAUCCUACCAAGGAUGAGGAAAACAAUCCCCUUGAGACAGAAUAUGGCCUUUCUGUCUACAAGGACCACCAGACCAUCACCAUCCAGGAGAUGCCGGAGAAGGCCCCUGCUGGCCAACUCCCCCGUUCUGUGGAUGUCAUUCUGGAUGAUGACUUGGUAGAUAAAGUGAAACCUGGUGAUCGAGUCCAGGUUGUAGGGACCUACCGUUGCCUUCCUGGAAAGAAGGGAGGCUAUACUUCAGGGACCUUCAGGACUAUCCUGAUUGCCUGUAACGUGAAGCAAAUGAGCAAGGAUGUUCAGCCUUCAUUCUCUGCUGAGGAUAUAGCCAAGAUCAAGAAGUUCAGUAAAACUCGUUCCAAGGAUAUCUUUGACCAGCUGGCCAGGUCAUUGGCCCCUAGCAUCCAUGGGCAUGACUAUGUUAAGAAAGCCAUUCUCUGCUUGCUCUUGGGAGGGGUGGAACGAGACCUAGAAAAUGGCAGCCACAUCCGUGGGGACAUCAAUAUUCUCCUAAUCGGGGACCCAUCGGUUGCCAAGUCUCAGCUUCUACGCUAUGUGUUGUGUACUGCGCCCCGGGCUAUCCCCACCACUGGCCGGGGUUCCUCUGGAGUGGGUCUGACAGCCGCUGUCACCACAGACCAGGAAACUGGGGAACGCCGUCUGGAAGCGGGAGCCAUGGUCCUUGCUGAUCGAGGUGUGGUUUGUAUCGAUGAAUUUGACAAGAUGUCCGACAUGGACCGCACGGCCAUCCACGAAGUGAUGGAGCAGGGUCGAGUCACCAUCGCCAAAGCUGGCAUCCAUGCUCGGCUGAAUGCCCGCUGUAGUGUUUUGGCAGCUGCCAACCCCGUCUAUGGCAGGUAUGAUCAGUACAAGACCCCUAUGGAGAACAUUGGGCUGCAGGACUCACUGCUGUCCCGAUUUGACUUACUCUUCAUCAUGCUGGAUCAGAUGGAUCCUGAGCAGGAUCGAGAGAUCUCAGACCAUGUCCUUAGGAUGCACCGUUACAGGGCGCCCGGGGAGCAGGAUGGCGAUGCUAUGCCUUUGGGUAGUGCCGUGGAUAUCCUGGCCACAGAUGAUCCCAAUCUUAACCAGGAGGACCAGCAGGACACCCAGAUUUAUGAGAAGCAUGACAACCUUCUGCAUGGGACCAAGAAGAAAAAGGAGAAGAUGGUGAGUGCAGCUUUCAUGAGGAAGUACAUCCAUGUGGCCAAAAUCAUCAAGCCCGUCCUAACUCAGGAGUCAGCCGCCUACAUUGCAGAAGAGUAUUCACGCCUGCGCAGUCAAGACAGCAUGAGCUCAGACACUGCCAGGACAUCACCAGUUACAGCCCGGACCCUGGAAACUCUGAUUCGCUUGGCCACAGCCCAUGCCAAGGCCCGCAUGAGCAAGACUGUGGACCUGCAGGAUGCAGAGGAAGCUGUAGAGUUGGUCCAGUAUGCUUACUUCAAGAAGGUUUUAGAGAAGGAGAAGAAACGUAAGAAGCGAAAUGAGGAUGAAUCAGAGACAGAUGAUGAAGAGGAGAAAAGCCAGGAGGACCAAGAGCAGAAGAGGAAGAGGAGGAAAACUCGUCACUCCGAUGCCAAGGAUGGGGGCUAUGACCCCUAUGACUUCAGUGACACAGAGGAGGAAAUGCCUCAAGUGCAUACUCCAAAGACUGCAGACUCACAGGAGACCAAGGAGUCCCAGAAGGUGGAAUUGAGUGAAUCCAGGUUGAAGGAAUUCAAGGUGGCCCUCUUAGAUGUGUUCCGGGAAGCUCAUGCCCAGUCGGUGGGCAUGAAUCGCCUCACAGAAUCCAUCAACCGGGACAAAGAAGAGCCUUUCUCUUCAGCAGAGAUCCAGGCUGCGCUGAGCAAGAUGCAGGAUGACAACCAGGUCAUGGUUUCUGAGGGCAUCAUCUUCCUCAUCUAAGGAGGCCUCAUCUCUGAACUUUGGGGUUCUGCCAAGGAAGUUUCUUCCAUAUUUCCUCUCCCCGCCAAUCUUUCAUUCCCCGGAUAACGGUGUUAAUUGAAUUGAAGUUGAGGGAUAUGUGACAAAGCUGCCAUAGGGUAAAGAGAAGAAAGUGGGCAAGGACUAAGACUGUUGCAUGUGCAUUCAUUCAUUCAUCCAUUGAUUCAUUCUCUCCAUCUCCUACCCAGAACAAACCAAGCCAUUGUUGGCUAUAAAUAACAUAUAACCUCUGAGAAUCUGGGGGUGUUGGACCACAGCUGGUUUUUGUUCAUCCUUUCUGUGUUUGUUAGCUGUUUUUCUCUCUGAGCACAUUGGUCUAGAACAGGCUUUGAGAGGUUCUGUGCUGGCAGAGUGAAGCUCUGAGGCAAGUCAUGAAGGCCAAGAAAACUUUCUCUGCUGUAGCACCAGUUAAGACUAAUACAUGCUUCUGACCCAAAUAUCUAGGACAUUGAAUAAACUUAACUAUUUUUAUAUUAUACACAUGGCCUUAAUACUGUGUGCUUUGGUAGACACAUUUAAUUUUGUUUUCCUUGAAAGCUGUGCCCUGCAGGUUUUGCUGCUUCCACAUUUGCACCAAGUCACCACACGGUGGCAGCAGGCUGCUGUGCUGUCCUUGGGGGUUAGGUCUUUAGGCAGUUUUCUUCGUCAGUGACACCAGCAUUUACCAGUUAAGCUUGUACAAAUCAAGUUUUGCCAAUUUGACAUCGCUAAAUGGCCAUGGGGGGCAGGUGAAUGAAAGUCCAGGAGAAUUGACCCUUUUCCUGACUUUUCUCAGCCUGAAUCCAAACCCCUUCCUGGAGAAGUAAUACCUGGUAUAUCAGACACUUAAAUAUUGUGAGUACUUGCCGAUAAGAAGAUCUCCUUACAGGAUCUUUGUGAAACUACUUGCAAUUGGAUGUUCAGCUCUUAGGGUUUGCUAGUCUUUUUGCACAGGAGUUUGUGGAGGGGAAGUGUGACUUUAUGGGGGGCCUGCAUCACAUGAAUUGGAAGCUGCUCUGAACAGGAGAUCAUGUUGGUUCUCCACGUAGUGACUGGUGAAGUUCUUCCUUCUCCCUUGCUCAUGAGGGGAGCACCUUACCCUGAUACUAUGGGACAGAAGAUGGGGAGUUCUGGUUUUGUUUUUGUGAUUUUGUUUGUUUGCAGAUGUGAAAUCCAAGUCCUAUUGGAAGUAAUCCAGAAAGCAUAGUUCCACAGGAGAGGGCAAUGGUAUCAGAGGGAGGAAUCUGACAUUAAUUGAACACUGACAAUGAGUCCUAUAUUAUGCUCUGAAUUGGAGCAAAUACGGGACUGGAUGCUCUUGAGGCCUACUGGUUGAGGAUAUACACGUCUAAUGUGUCAGUGAGAAAUUUUAAAAUAUAAUGAGGGUUACACCCAGUAAGAACUAUAGACAUUGAGAGGGCCAUGAGAGUAUCAGGAAGGGGUGGGAGCGACCAUGGGAUACUGAUAUGAAGAAAAGCUAGGGAUUUUAAAGGAUCUCCUCAGAUGAGCAUUUCCAGAAAGGUCCAACAUUUUGUCAGUAGGACUCUUGCUCUCUAUCUUUCACACCUGGAGAAACUCAGGCUGAGUGGGAAAGUAGGCUGAUCUUGCAGUUUGUAAAAGCUGUAAAGCCAAGUUUACCUUGCUGACAUUUCAGCUCUGCAAACUAACCAAAGAAUCUGAAAGAGAAAACCAUGUAUUCUGGAGUCACAGUAGGUGGUAAUUGCGUCAAAUUGACUGUUAGGAACUCCAUCUUUACAUUGGGUUUUUAAAAAUGUGUGUAGUUUCCCAACUUGCAGUGACAUUAAAGAAGUUGGUAAGCAUUUGAA